GCCCUCUCUUUUAGACAGAAGCUACAAAGGACCACCUCCUCCUUUCCUCUUCCCUCUUCUCUCUCUUCCCUUCCCAAACCCCCCCACCCGUUCCACCUAUCAAAGAUCGAACAUGCCAACUCCGACAUCUUAUGUUUAGAUCAAACACCAAAAAGAAACCCACCCAAAAGAACCUUUCUCCCCUUCUUUCUUCUCCUCCUCCUCCUCCUCCUCCUCCUCCCAUCCUAUGUGCUGAGAUCCGCUCUCUUUAAAGAGGCAGUACUUUCUGCAACUCCCUCUUCUAGGAUGAUCACCCCAUUUCCCUCUUAAUUACUCCUUCUCCAGAAGGAAUCUAUCUCUCCACUCCUUUUUGCCUCGUAUUCUCUCUCCUUCAUGGAUUCCGCAAACAGCGGCAGCAUCCAGUCCUCCAGCGGCGGCGACGAGGAGUACGACUCCCGUGCCGACUCCAUCUCCGCCCUCUUCCACCCCACCUCCUCCUCGUCCUCCGCCGCCGCCGCCGCCGCCGCAGCUGCCGCCUCCCUCCCACCUCCUCCCCCUUCCUCCUCCUCCUCCUCGUCCCACCACCCUAACCCCUCCUCCUUCUUCGACUCCUUCUCCUUCCUCGACUCGUCCCCUCUCCUCCCCCUCGACUCCUCCUCCUCCCCCUGGCCUCCACGCCCCCUCCGCCCCUCCCCCGUUCCCACCCCCGACUUCCCCCAUCUCAACUCCUCCCUUCCUCGCGGUCCACCAAUCGUUCAAUCUUCGGUGCAGCAGCCGCCCGAGAAUUCCACCGCCAUCGCCGCACCGCCGCGGAGCUCCAAGAAGCGCUCCCGCGCCUCGCGCCGUGCCCCGACCACCGUCCUCACCACCGACACCUCCAACUUCCGUGCCAUGGUCCAAGAAUUCACCGGCAUCCCGUCCCCUCCCUUCGGCGCCGCCUCCUCCCCCUUCUCCCGCUCCCGCUUCGAUCUCUUCCAUUCCUCCUCCUCGCCCUCCUCCCUUGCCCCUCCUUACCUCCUCCGCCCUUUCCCCCAGAAACCCCCCGCCUUAGCUUCUCCCAACCCUUCAUCAUCUGCUACCACCAUUACUGCUAUAAUCGAUGCUCUUGCUUCUACUACUAAUACCAUUUCUAAUGCCAAGGCCAGCGCUACCAUUCCCAUAACUAGCGCUCCUGCUAGUAUGCCUAAUUCUACUCCAACUAAUAAUAACUACCAACUGCCUUCGCCUGAUCCUGGACUUGCCAGCCAAAACCAGUCUCUCUUCAACCUUCAAAGCCAAGGCCCCGUCAUCAACUUCCAAUCCCUCCUCACCCAGAAGUACACUCUCCCCACCGCGCCACCGGCCUUCGCCACGAGGCCGCAGGCCGUUAUUCCAUCGCCGGAGUUCGGUUCGAGAGAGCUUGGACUCCCGCCGGGGCUUAUCAGGUCGGAGGGCGUGCAGUCGGGCUGGGCUGGUGCGUCGGGGCCGGAUGGCGGUGAGCAAGCUCGACUGAGGCCGGUGGUCGGAGGGAACGAUAAUGGCGCGCAGCAAAGGGUGAGCAGCUGCAAGUUCAACUACUCUGGGCCAGGUUCGUCGGAGCUCAAUGGGGAGAAGGGGUCGGAGGGCGUGGCGGCGCGGGGCGAGGGUAUGGUGGACUCGUGGAUUUGUUCUUCUGAUUAGGAGAUAUUUAUGAAUAGGUGCAGGCAAAGAGGAAGGAGGAAAGGCAAGCUCUUGUUUACUUCUUGGAGCUAUAUAUGGCUGGUACUAGUUAGUAUACACCCCUCUCUUCUUUUUAUCUCCGCUUUUAUUUGCAUGUAAAUAGGGUUUCUCUUGUGAUGAGUUCUCUUUAUCAUUAUACAACCUACAACGACUUGUUCGAUAACAGUUUUGGUGGGCUUCCUUGUGUCUUUAUCUUUGUUUGAAGUGCAUCUCAUUUCCCUUGUUUC